GUGAAAGCUUUAAAGUAAUCGAAUUUGUUUAAUUCAACACUUGCGAUAAACACUCAACAAUGUUGAUACUACAUUGAUGAAUGCUUUCAACACAAAUAUUAUGUUAUUGAUAAUUUUUAGUUUUGAGAUUGUGAAUCUGGAAAAAUGACGUCUCUGAGCAAAUAAAAUUACCAAAUGAAAAGAAAGCCCGUCAAACGUGAACAUAGAACUGAACAAAUACCCACCGAUAAAAAAUAAUUACUUGCAUGGAAAUAAAUGUUUCUGGGCCCCUUUUGCACUUGAAGUUUUCCUCGUUGCGGCGUGAAAUAGACCCAUUGGAUCAAUAGCCCAGAUUCUGUGAGUGGAGUUGUCGAGCAACAGAAGACCAUGGUGGAAGCAUGCGGACACGUCCGACCCGCCGAGGACAGCUACUAAUCCUCCACCCAGCGAUGAAAGUCAAGAAACAAAACAAAGUUGUGGAGAGACAGUUGGAGAAUACACUCCAUUUUAUUGAACAGAAAUAUCAUUUUCAAACGGAAAAGCUAGAUAAAUCUAUCAAAAGUGUACAAAGACAGUUAGAAAAUAUUGAGAGUGACCGAAGAAAGGGCGGGAUUCCAGGAAGGUCGCUUGAUGAUAUGUAUGGACGGUUUGCAAUCACGCCAGAAUCGGCGCAAAAGCGCCGUAGACGCCGUGCUGUGGCAUGUGAUAUUGGGACUCCAAAACGAAAGCAUCACUGUUCACAUUUCCCUUGCGAAAUGCCACAAACCUACCAUUCUAUAGGAUUCAGAUUUCAACCAGAAGAUACCGAAUGGAAGCCAUGGAAAAAAAUAAGAAAUGACUUAAGUGACGAAACACAAAUUGUCCUUGAAAAUUCAACCCUUAUGAAUACUGGCAUAUCUCGUCUUCGAGCUGAGAGACGAGCAGAUAUGUUAAAAUUAGAGAUGGAAAAGAGAAGAAGAAAAAUGGAAGAAGGGAGACCUCCGGCAUGGGAGACAAACUAUGGAAAACCAACACCCAUCCGGAGGUUAAAGUACCCAGUCCGCCUUGAACCCUUGGACUAACCUUCACCAGAGGCUGAUAUCCGUCAUUUCCUCGAGAAGGAAUUUGGUUUCUAAUUGAAAUAGGAUUAAAUCAAACUAUGACUCGAGACUGUUUACUAUCAUAUUGUGCCAAAAUAAAGAUUUACACAGAAUGACCGUUCGUUAACAGGUAUUGAUUUAGUAAUUUUAAGUACUUGGUUGUAUAAAGAGGAAAGGUAUUGAUCCGUUAAUUGUGUUGGCCGAUCCUGUAAUUAAGAAUCUUAAAAUUGGCCAAGUUUAAAUUGAUUUUAUUCAAUUAACAAAAAGAUUGCAUAAUGCCUAAUGAAAUUAACGUUGAGACUGAGUAUAAGCAAAGACUUUAUAUUUAGCAUAAUAUGACGAACAUUUUUCUUACAAGUUAUUGAGAUUGACAAUCGUUAUAAAUGUUUUAUUAUUAUCAGUAAGACUUGAUACGCAAAAUCAUUCUAAGACACUUUGCUUUGUUAUUGUAAACCAUAUUGCUUACAGUGUAGUGUAUACACUGUACAUUUGUGCAUUCUUUUUAAAAUAUUGAAAUUAAAACAUUGAAACUACAUUUUGUUUGAAGCAAACACUUAGGUGCUCAU